CCAAUGAGAGCGCUAAUGUCAUGCGGAGGGCGUGGCCUGCGGGCGGAGGGAGAGGGUGGAGGGGCCACUCUCGCCCCCGCGCCGCCAUUUUGCGCCGCCGCCCGCAACCAGGAUGGAGUCGAGAGUACGAGAGGAACCGCCCGCCGCCAUCCGCCCCGCCACCCCGCGAUGGAGCCCCGCUCCGCACCCCGUCUGGCAUCGCUGAAGCAAUCCCCGAGCCCGCGCAUGGAGCCGAGCGGCCGCCAGCGGGGGGGCCUGGCCGCGGCCUGGCCCGGCGCGGCCUCCCGCCCCCCAGCCGCCUCUUCCUCUGAGGGCAGCGCGCCUUCCUCGUGGCUGCGCCUCGUGUCGCAGCUCCUGUCACCUCUGCCCGCCCUGCUGCAGCGCCUGCUGCCCGGCCCCGCUCUCAGCAGCGCCCUGUGCCCUGCCGACCCCCCCCCGCCGCCUCUGCUGCUGCUCUCCGAGCCGCCCUCCCCGCUGCGCUGGGCUGGGGGGAAGCAGACGGAGGGCGGCACGGAGCCCUCGCAGCGCUUUUGGGGGGCCGGGGUGGUGAAGAGCCGGCUGGCUGCUUCCCCCAGCCCCAGGGGGGAUUUUUACGUGGUGGGUUCGGCGCAUCUGCCCCAGCCCCUGCGAGCCGAGCCCCCUGCGGGGCCCUGGAAGGGCUGCCCGGCCCCCGGGGCGCUGCCCGAAGUGGAAUUUCUACGAAGUAAGCGCUUGGCUUUCCUUCAGCCGUGGCCCCUAGCCAGCCUGGCGGUGCCAGAGCAGGACCACGGCUACCACAGCUUAGAGGAGGAGCAGCAGCACAAGGGAGUUUGUCAAAGAGAAAGGGAGGAACUGUGCGAUCCGAAGCGUGGCGAGGUGGGGGGAGAAGCUGGAAGUGGCUCCUUGGAACAGGAGGGAGUGAGGGGUUCAGCUGAAGGGGAAACUGGAGAGGACUCGGAGGACUCUGAGACAGAGCAAAGCCUUCCUGUUUCAUCCAGACCUGCCUGCGCGAAUAAAUUAAUAGACUAUAUAAUAGGGGGAGUUUCCAGCGGUGAAGAGAGUGCGGAUGAUGAGGAAGAUUGGGAUGAUGAUGAUGAUGAUGACGGGUUUGACAGUGAAGGGCUCGCCUCGGAUUCAGACACCGGUAGCCAAGACGGAGAAAGGCUUCACCUCUGGAAUUCCUUCUACAGUUUGGAUCCCUACAACCCUCAGAACUUCACAGCCACCAUUCAGACAUCUUCCAGCGAUCCGGGAAAGGAUAGGUCAGAUAUGGAAGAAGAGGAGGAGGAAGAUUCCUCUUGGGCAGAGGAGUCCUCAGGCUCUCCUCACUCUAGUUCGGAGGAGGAGGAUGAGUGGGACUGUAGCAGUGUGGAUGAGGCGGAAAACUUGAAACUCUGGGACUCGUUCUGUACCUCAGAUGAUCCCUAUAACCCUUUGAAUUUCAAGGCAGCCUUUCAAACAGCAGAGAAAAAAGGGACGCCUGGUUUAAAAGGAGCGGAGAGGCUGAGCCCGAUCAGUUCUGAGCGCUGUCACGUAACUGGCUGUCGAGUGCAGCUGGAAACGCAAAGCUCUGGGGUCACGGACUUUGUGCGGCACGACAUUCCUACUGGGGAGAAAUGUCGCAGUACCAAGCAGAAAAAGGUCACCUUCCUUGAAAAAGUUACUGAGUAUUACAUAAGCAGUGAAGAGGAUCGGAAAGGACCCUGGGAAGAGCUGGCACGAGACGGCUGCAGGUUCCAGAAACGUAUCCAAGAAACAGAAGAAGCCAUAGGAUACUGCUUCACGCCAGAGCAUAGACAAAGAGUAUUUAAUAGACUUCAAGAAACCUGCUACAAGCGGGUUAAUCUUUUCUAGCACCUUAAAAUAGCUGGUAGUUGUGUGACCCUAAACACUCAUAAACGCCUUGGAAAAAAGAAGUGGCAGCUGCAUGUGAGGAGAAAAGUGGGAUUUUUUUUCCCAGUUGACAUUCAGCCAACGAAUAAUCCUGUGUGUCCUGUUUAGCCAGACAAAACCCUUUGAGCGUCCUCGAGGGUAAGAGUGGUGUAACUGCAUUCCUUUAACACUUGCAAAAUGGACUGCUUUAGGUUAAAUCCAUUCCAAAAAUGCCUUGUCUGCCGUAUGUUGAGAAGUGGUGACUAUUAAGUUGGAUUUUUGCACUUUGAAAAAGCAAAACCUAUUUUGAAGGAAAUAUUUAUGGGGCUCAGGCCCCAAUUAUUGCAGUUUUGAUUUAAAGUUUCUGGAUGAUUGUUCUACUUCCUUGUGGUUCUCCAUUUUUUCUAACUUGUACAAGAGUCUCAAAUUUUGUUAGCUAAGGACGUUAACUUCACUGUGCAAAGCAGAUAGGUUGUUCCUUCCUUUUACUGUCCCAGUUUUGCACGUAAUCUCGUGUUUGAGUGUUUCUGUAGCACUUUGAUAAGUUAAUAUUGCAGUCCAGGACGCUGGGGGAUGCAGGGUAGCCCUGGUGCUCCACAAGCCCUUUGGUUUGGCUCUAUUUAAGUGAUACCUUUACCCAGUACUGUUCCAAAGGCUGCUUGUGCACUGAACUUCUUUGCUUUCAGGGCAAUGAAAGCCCUCAUCCUAACCAAUAAUAUCUAGGCUGUGGCUGAUAAUUUGAAUUUAGCAGCCACGCAAAGGGAACUAGGCCCUAGUUCGUUAGUUAAUCUUAGGGUAACUUUGCUGUAAUUGAUUCUGCUUUCUGAAGAUGAAUUGAAGUGGAGGGUUCUUCAUACUCCUUGUAUCCAAAAUGCUCGUUCUGGUACUUGUAAGGAGAAUUCUCUUUGACUUACGGAAAUCUAAGGCUACAAAUCGCUGUGUUCUUUACCAAAACCCAGUAUUAAUACCUCUAUGCAUCUGCACUUUUGUUUGUCUGGUACAAAAAUCAGAUUUCAUAUUUGGGUUCUGAAAGUUCAGGUUCUCCCUGGAAGGAAAACACUCCUUAUUUAUGUUCCUAACUUGAAAUGUUUAAUUGUUGUUUCAGUCAAAAAUAAAACAGCAGCACAGUUUGGAUGUGUGUUUGGACCCAAAGGCUGGUGUCUGGCUGUUAUCCAGCAGGUAUGAGGUCAUGCAAUGAAAUAAACACCAAACGUUGAAGACUUCAACUCUUUUUGCUCGAAAUUGCGUGAAUAAAUUAUUUGCUACUUGAUUCAUUCAUCUGGCUAGAAUUGUUUUGGUUUUUUAAGGGAGAAACCUGAAAGCACUUCAGAAUUGUCAUCUCAUUUACUUCAUUUUUUAAUUCAAAAGAAACAGAUAUAGAAGAGCUUUACAGAGCUUUACUGAAUUUUCUGGUUCAUCGUGCUGUCUUUUUGGCUGUUAGUUCUAAUUCUGGCUCAAAAAUGUCAGUGUUUUGGGGUUUACACUUUAUUCUUAUUGCAUGAAGUGUGUUCUUUGAGUUUAAACUCCCUUUCUCUGCUGCAAGUUAGAAGUGUUAGAGCUGUGAAGUUCAGAGGGUUAACUGAACUGCAGAAGAGUUUUUCUGUAAGUGUAAAAUGCAGCCCAAGCUCUGGUGACCUUACAGACCGUCUGCUUGGAAGCGAAGCAGCAAAGUUAUUUUUCAUCCCUAUGGCAUUAAAAGAAAAUUGGAUUCUCCUUUCUGACACGAGAUCGUUUUAGUUGUGAAAUCAUAAUUCUAAUCAUGCCUCCAAAUCUAAUAAGAUGACUUUUAAUUUUUAGGAGUUCAUUCCCUGUAACAUAAACAAUGACUGGUGUUUGCUUUUAGUUUAGGGAAAAGGGUGCAGGGUGGUAAAUGUGGAAUUACAGUAGAUAUUUGAUUAUUUGGACCAUAAGUGGGAUUGAUAAGUAAAAAUGCUGUUCAUUGCUCUUGGUAAAACAUAUCAUAGUCAUUUCUCCUUGACUCUCCUAGUUUCCCUGAUCUUGGAGAACUUGUUGGUGCUUCUGUUACUCCGGACAACUCGCUUGGUUUACUGGUGCUUCUGAGGACCUUUAGAAUCAUGUGACUGAACACCUGCAGAUACUGAUCUGCUGUUUGCAGAGGCUUGGAAAAGGCUGCAGCUAGAAACCAACAGAAUUGACAAAUUGGGUGUAAACAAGAUUAAAAACUACUUUCAAAGUGCUUCUGAUGUUUGAGAAAUCCUGUUUGUCCAGCCUGCAGCUUAUCAAGCCCUCUGUUCUAACACUGCUGAUUCUCACCAAAUAUACCUACUUAGGUAAGCUCUUCCCCUGCCUCAAACCUCAUAUUUCCAAACUGUCUGAUGUGAGGUGAUGGGAAACAGACACUAAAUUCACCAUAAAUGUCAUCUAAAAGCAAGCUAAGCUCAGUUGUCACUAUUUUCCCUAUAACGUACCUUAAAAUGGUCACACAGGGUGUGUACGUGUGUUAAGUGCUUUGAGUGAGACAGCAGAAAUUACACUUGCUGAACUUUAAAUCAAAACUGUAAUGAUGAGAUUUUAUUUUUGUAUAAUUUAGAGAAAGUUAGAAAACCUUCAGCAUUGGCUUUAUACAGAUUUUAAUUGAUUUGUGUCGCGUUUGUUGGGUUUUUAUAUCUAAAGUUAUAUUUCUGUACAUAAUAAAACUAUUCAGAACUAAUCUGUAAAUUGUAAUAAAGGUAUUUGCAAGAUAAUGCCAGCUUGGUUUU